AUGUCACAUCUUCCCUCUCGUCAAUUAGGAAAGGGCGGUCCUCUAGUCCCUCGCAUAGGCUUCGGUACUAUGGGCCUCUCGAUGAGUUAUGGCAAACCCGUACCCGAUGAGCAGAGGCUUGGACUACUUGACCACGCCCACUCCAUCGGAGAAACUUUCUGGGAUACUAGCGACUUCUACGGAGAUUCAGAAGAUCUAAUAGGGAAAUGGUUCGCCAAGACUGGCAAGCGUUCUGAUAUCUUCCUUGCUACCAAAUUCGGCGGUAUACUACUAGGAGAAGCGGGUUUCGCCUUCCGCGGUGAUGCGGCGUAUGUCCACGAGGCGUGCGACAAGAGCUUAAAGCGUCUAGGCGUCGACUACAUCGAUCUGUGGUACCCGCACCGGUUGGAUGGCAGUACCCCGAUUGAGCAUAUCAUAACUGAGAUGAUCAAGAUGAAGGAGCAAGGGAAAAUCCGCUACCUAGGUCUCUGCGAGGUAUCGGCAGCGACAUUAAGGCGUGCUCAUGCCGUGCACCCGAUCAGCGCUGUACAAGUCGAAUACAGUCCAUUCACAACCGACAUCGAGGACACCCAAACCAACCUCCUCGCCACAUGCCGGGAGCUCGGCGUCGCCGUCGUAGCUUACUCGCCCCUCUCGCGCGGCCUCCUCAGCGACCGAAUCAAGAGCCCAGCCGACUUCGAAGCUCAGGACGUCCGACGCCACUACCCGCGCUUCUCGGCGGAGAAUUUCCCCAAGAACAUGGCUGUGGUUGAAGAGCUGAAGACAAUCGCGGCUGAAAAGGGGCAUACGGCCGCCCAACUAGCGCUCGCGUGGCUGCUUAGCCAGGGCGACGACAUCUUCCCGAUUCCGGGGACUACGAAAGUUGCGUCGUUGGAGGAGAACUGUGCAGCUGCGUCGAUCUCGCUCUCGACAGACGAGGUUGCGCGGAUCCGGACCCUCGUCGAAAAUGCCUCGUGUCCUGGGGCCCGUUAUCCGCAAGAACAUAGUUUUGCCCUGUUUGCUGAUACACCGCUGCCCGAGGACCACGUCCAAGACCCGGAGAGUCUUGGUCAGGUUUCAAUUACUGGAACUCUAUAUAAAUCAAGCACGGCCACGGAUCGUGAGUAA